UUUAUAGGAAAUGUUUGGUGGCUGGUCUCGUUAGCCAUCGUUGGCCAUUGAAUUUCCAUUUUCAACUGAAAAAUAAUAUAAUAAACUUUUUCACUUUUACAAUAAUUAUUUCCAUAUAGUUUAUAUAUACCUACCCACUUUUCUCUGUUAUACUCAUUUCUCAUUUUUCCUCUAAAAUCGACUCAAUUUUCAGGAAACAAAUUAUGGCUCAACCAACUGAACUUACGAGAAUAGGCCUUGCCGGACUGGCUGUUAUGGGUCAAAAUCUUGCACUCAAUAUUGCUGACAAAGGAUUCCCCAUUUCUGUUUAUAACCGAACAACUUCCAAGGUUGAUGAAACUGUAGAACGAGCAAAACAAGAAGGAAAUCUUCCAUUGUAUGGCUUCCAUGACCCCAAAGCUUUUGUUGAAUCUAUUCAAAAACCUAGGGUGAUAAUAAUGCUUGUUAAGGCCGGGGCACCUGUUGACCAGACGAUCAAGACCCUAUCUGUGUUCUUGGAAAAAGGAGAUUGUAUAAUUGAUGGCGGUAAUGAAUGGUAUGAGAACACCGAGAGGCGAGAGAAAGAGGUAGCUGAAUUGGGUCUGCUCUACCUAGGAAUGGGAGUUUCAGGUGGUGAGGAGGGUGCUCGACGAGGUCCCUCUAUGAUGCCUGGUGGUUCGUUCGAGGCUUACAAACACAUAGAAGAUAUUCUUCUCAAGGUGGCAGCUCAAGUCCCUGAUAGCGGCCCUUGUGUGACAUAUAUCGGUAAAGGUGGAUCCGGUAAUUUUGUGAAGAUGAUCCAUAACGGAAUUGAGUACGGUGACAUGCAGCUUAUUGCUGAGGCUUAUGAUGUGCUGAAGUCAGUUGGAAAGUUGUCAAACGAGGAACUACAUAGUGCAUUUUCAGAAUGGAACAAGGGAGAACUUCUGAGUUUCCUGAUUGAAAUCACUGCAGAUAUAUUCGGAAUCAAGGAUGAUAAAGGCGAUGGAUAUCUUGUCGACAAGGUUCUGGACAAAACUGGCAUGAAGGGUACCGGUAAGUGGACUGUUCAGCAAGCUGCCGAAUUAUCAGUUGCGGCUCCCACCAUCGAAGCUUCUUUGGAUGCUAGGUUCCUUAGUGGAUUGAAAGAGGAAAGAGUUGAAGCUGCAAAGAUCUUUAAAUCCGGUGGCCUUGGCGAUAUCUUGACUGGUGAACCUGUAGACAAGAAGAAGUUGGUUGAUGAUGUUCGGAAGGCUCUUUAUGCAGCCAAGAUCUGUAGUUAUGCACAGGGAAUGAAUUUGAUCCGUGCAAAGAGCGCCGAACAGGGUUGGGAUUUGAAAUUGGGUGAACUAGCCCGUAUUUGGAAAGGAGGUUGCAUCAUUAGAGCCAUAUUCUUAGACAGAAUCAAGCAGGCAUACGACAGAAACCCUAAUCUUGCAAACCUUCUCGUGGAUCCAGAGUUCGCAAAGGAAAUAAUUGAUCGCCAAACUUCCUGGAGGAGAGUUGUUUGCCUUGCUGUCAAUUCCGGUAUCAGCAUCCCAGGUAUGUCUGCUAGUCUUGCUUAUUUUGACACUUACCGAAGGGAAAGUUUGCCGGCUAACUUGGUGCAAGCUCAAAGAGACUACUUCGGUGCUCACACAUAUGAAAGGAUUGACAUCGAAGGGUCAUACCAUACUGAGUGGUUCAAGCUCGCUAAGCUGUCGAAAACUUAAAUUACUGUAUUUGAAUGAUUCCUAAUAAAUGUAAUAAUAUUUUCUACUCAAGUAUGCUGAGUUGAGUUUUCAUUGCUUCAAAGUGGAGAAGUUUAUACCAUUCUGUCUACUAAAUCACUGUUUUUGGUUUUCCAAUGAUUAUGUUGUAACUUUACUGAUCUUGAUUUGAACUUGAUGCAAAAUUGUUUCACUUCGUGAUGCCUUAGUUUUCACAUUUUGGUCA